GUGUGGACUACAGAGAACCAACUGGAAGCCGUUCAUUGAUUCACCCCGGCAGAGCUACGUUAGCACGAGUGUGAGCACUUAUAUAUCUAUAUAAAUAUAUAUAUAUACAUGAAAAAAGACACACUUGAAGCUUUCAAUAGCGUGUGUCCAAAAUGUGAAACCUGCACUGUGUGAAUCAGACAAUCAUCAGUGAGUGAGAGCUGCUGCGGACGUGUUGUUGUUUCAACAAGGAGAUCAUGUGGUGGACCUGGCCGUUUCUGCCUGCUCUGGUGCUUCUCUCAGAGCUCUCUGUGGUGAAAGUCCAGACUGCGCCAUGCCAGACCUGCCGAAAACUCACAGAAAGUUUCAUUAAGGGCUUGGAGAAAACGGCCAACAAGAACUUCGGAGGAGGUAACACUGCCUGGGAAGAAGAAAAGCUGGCUAAGUAUGCACGCAGUGAGACUCGGCUCCUCGAGAUAGUCGAAGGUGCCUGUGAGAAAAACGAUUUUGAAUGUAACCAGCUGCUGGAGCAGAUAGAGGACCAAGUGGAAACAUGGUGGUUCCACAGGCAGCAGGAAGCACCGGACCUGUCUGAGUGGCUGUGCAUAGAGGAACUGCGGCUCUGCUGUCCUCCUGGACGCUUUGGACCUGACUGCAAAGAGUGUCCAUCUGGCCCUGGUGGUGUGUGUGGAGGUCUAGGCCGCUGCGAGGGUGAGGGAACUCGCCUUGGAGAUGGAGAAUGCGUCUGUGAUCCUGGAUACUCGGGCCGUCUGUGCCAGAGCUGUGCUGACGGCUACUUCAGAGAGAAAAGUUCCAAUGACAGCAUAGGAGCCUGUGCAGCCUGCUACCACUCAUGUAAGAAGUGCUUAGGGCCACAGGACUAUAAAUGCCUUGACUGCAAACCCGGCUGGAUGCUUCACGACAACAAGUGCGUGGACAUUGAUGAGUGCGGUACGGAGCUCGCUCGUUGUCCCUCUAACACCUACUGUCACAACACAGACGGAUCGUAUGAAUGCAGAGGCUGUGACCAGGCGUGUGUGGGCUGCAUGGGUAGUGGUCCUGCCCGCUGUAAGAAAUGUUCACGUGGCUACAGAUUGAAAGGAGCAAAGUGUCUCGAUGUAGACGAAUGUAGUGAACGUGCAAUAGCAUGCCCUGGACUCAAUGAGGCUUGCAUCAAUGAGGAGGGCUCCUUCCACUGUGACUGUGCUGAUGGAUUCAUUAGAAGAGAUAGCAUUUGUGUUGAGAAUAAGCCUCCUGCUGGGCCAGAGAAGGGGCUGUUUGAUGACAUAACAGAUGAGGAGGUCCUUGUGCUGCAGCAGAUGUUCUUUGGUGUUGUAAUCUGUGCCCUAGCUACGCUCGCCGCUAAGGGCGACAUGGUUUUUACAGCAAUUUUCAUCGGAGGUGUGGCUGCUAUGGCCGGAUACUGGCUGACAGAAAAGGGAGACUACAUGCUGGAUGGAUUUCUGAAGGGACGUUAGACCUAGACUUGAGAAAAAAAACCUUGGAAUACCAGCCAGUUAAGGUGAAUGAGACUCAACCGGGGGCAGGAAACUAUCCCUACAAUGCUAGGCUUUCAGGGAUUUAUUUGGGAUUCAGGAGUUAAUUGAAGGGGCUUGGGGUUAGUUUAUGUUUAUGAAUAAGAUAAUGCAAGAAAAAGGAGAACUUGAAGGCUAUUAAGCCGUGAAUCUUGAAGAGGAAUAACCAAGCAACACUGCACUGAAAUAAAGAAACUGAACUUUGUCCCUUACCCCAACUUUGUUGGGAACGAGGGUGACAUGAAGACCACUACUGAUUGUUAAAAUCUAUUAUGCAUUUGGAUGUCUGGCCUCGAUGUUGCUCAAGAAAUGAUGUCGUUUUCGUCCACACAAUCAAAACCUACUGUUCUCACCUCCAUCAUGGUUUGUCAUUAUCUCAAUGUUACGAAGCAGAUGUUUUUCCCCAUACACUGAAUGGUAGGAAAGGUUUGGCUGGGCCAGAUUACUGCAACAGCUAAGCUUCUCGUACUGGUCAUGGGAUUUAAAUAAGGGAGUUUUAGCAAUCACCCUAAAAAGAAAGCUCAUGGAAACUCUGGGAUAUUUCCAUUAUGAACCACUGGUUAUUUAGGUUCACAGAAUGACUUUUUACCUCCAUACUGAAUGAUUCUUUUUAGUAAUGCAUGAAAAUAGGAUUUGAAAUGAAAGGUACUACACUGUAUGUAUUAAUUUAUUGUCUUCUUUUGGCAUGGAGGACUGACUUCAACCGCUGCUGGAUCACUGCUGUUGACCACUUAACGAGUGUGUGGGGGGAAUGUGCUUUGAUAAAUACCAGCGCUAUUCUGGAUGAUUAAAGCCAUUUUCUGUUGCCUUUUUAAUUUAUUUUGAAAGCAAUAUUUAUUGGGAAAAUGUUUAUCAUAUUUUGCUCUUGACAUUUCCUGUGUAUGUGUGUAUAUGGUUGUGCAUUUUUUUUUUUAUCGGUUCAAAUGUUAUUUUGCAGAUACAGUAGCAUCAUGUUAGAAAGCCACUGACACUUCACUUUUUACCCGUCCAUCUGAUUUAUCUUUGGUUUUACUAGUGUGGCGAAAGUUUUCAAGUCAUUACUCAUAAAUGUUUGCUUUACAAUAAAAGGUCUCUCACUCU